AUGAGCGAUCUCCGAGAUUCGCGGAGAGACGCCAGCGUUUUCCGCGGAUCGUUCGUUCCCCUCGUCCUCCACAUCCCCCUCGCGCUCAUCCUCUGCGCCGCUGUUCUUCCGCGCGCCUGCGGCGAUGACCCCACGUCAUGUUCCGCCAGUCAUUCUCCCCCCCAUUCCCCUGCGCGAGGCACCUGUUCUGCCUCUACUGAUGCUGACGGCUUCCCCCGCUAUGCUGCGCCGGUGGGGGAAGCGCCAGCGGGAGAAGCGCCAGUAAAGGAAGUGCAUGUGGGCGGAAAACCAGUCGGCGGAGAAGCGAGGAUUGGCGGAGCGGAAGGAGAUCCAGGGGAACGGUGUGGGAGCAGUGGAGGGGGGAGCGGAAGGGAGAUGGAGGAAGAGUUUGAUUGGCUGUUGGAUGAUGCUGACGAGGACGCGGAUGGGCUCAAGAUUUUGAGAAUAGAAAUAGCUGCACAAGAGGAGGAAGAGGAGGAAGGGGAGGAAGGGGAAGAAGAAGAGAGAGCAGACAACGACCCACCAGAGUACAGGUACCACCCAUCGCUGCUAUCAGCUCGCACCAUCCCCAAAGGCCAGCGCCUCUUCUCCAUUCCCCUCUGCCUCACCCUCUCCUCGUCUGCCUGCGCAUCUUCCUCCUCGUCCUCCCCUCCUGAGCUUUCACCUGAGUGCUAUCUGGCGGGCUGUAUGCUGCAAGCAGCUGCGAAAAAGGAACGGGCGGCAGAGGGUUUGUCUUGGGCGGCACUGGCAGGGGUGCUGCUGCCGCCCGUGAAUCUGGGGAGGCCGCUGCCUCUUAUGCUGGAUGACGACCUGCGAAUGGAGCUCAGCUACAAACCGUUGAUCGACAGGCUAGACAAGCAGGUGGAGCAGUACCAAGAUGAAUACGACGCAUGGGUGAACGCCACUGUCAGCCAGUCUACCGCAGAUAACGCGGACAUGUCUUUCGAGAGCUUUCUUCAAGCUGUUGCUGCUGCUCUCUCCGUGUCCCUGCCGCUGCCCCAAGCCCCGUCGCCUUCAGUACCUGACAGUUCACCUGACAGCCGACCUGCUGCACUGAAGCGGGCAGCGGCGCUGGAGGACCGUGUCGUCCGGGCAGUUUUGGAGGUGAAGAGGAAUGUUUUGAGCGCUGCCCGAGAGGCUGGAGGAGUCACAGAGGGCUUCCUAAAUUCUGCAGCACGAGCGGGGGAGGGCGUGCCAGCACAAGAUGGGGAGAGAGGGGAAAGAGGAGGAGAAGAGCAUGCCAUGACGGGUGGCAAGUGGUAUGGGAUGGAGCAGAUGUGGUUCUGGGAGAUGCGGCGACAGAGGCAGCUGGAGCGCGAGAGGAAGAAGAAGGAAGGAGAGAAGCACCGGAUGAUGCGGAUGAAACACGAGAAGAACGGCAAGGAAGAAAAGGAGGAAUCAGUGGCAGGGGGGGUGGAUCCAGAGGGGCUCUUUGCAUAUCCUGAGGGGCGGAUCGACCCUGAGCUCCUUGCUUACCUCACUGCUCUCGCCUAUCUGCGAUCCACUGGCAGAGAGCCUGACCCAGCAGUGCUGGCGCGGGUGAUCGUGGCACUGGCAUGGAAUCUGGAUGGCACCACCACCUGCACGCACAUGCCACUUCUCUCCCUCCCCUCCCACCCACUCUUCCUCCCCCAUACCUCCUCCUCCUCUACCACCUCUGCUCCAUCCGCAUCACAAUCCAGUACCUCCACAGCCAAUCACAUGCCGCCACCUGUCGCCGACCUGUUACCAGCGCUGCGGGCGGCAGCAGGCAUGCUGAGAGGGCUGGUCCUCUGCCUACCGUGGUUCAUGGGAGCAUUAGAGGAGGUGCAGCAGGUGCUGCAGGUGAGGGCCAAUAAGAAGCGGGUGCUCAUCGACACCUCUGAUUGGCUGCUGCUCGCCUGCGACCCCAAAUACGACCUGCGAUUGCACGAGCCAGAGCCAGUGACUGCAGCAGCUGCUGAGAGCAAGAGGAGAAGAGGUGACGCAGCAGCAGAGGAGGAUGAAGAGGAGAGGAGUGAUGAGGAGAAGUUGGGAGUGUUUUUGGAGUGGGUGCGGGCCAGGGGGAUCCCUGACUUUGGCAAGCCGCGAUCCACCUUCGAGGCACUACAGAAUGAUUACUUGAGUGAUUUCCGCCCAGAGCCCAACAGCUCCCAUUCACCUUCUCUCAAAGCUCACGGGGAGUUUGCAGCCUCUUUGCUGCAGGCCAAAGCACGGUCCAGGAAGCAGCUGACAGUGGUGGCAGGGCAGUCGAAGAAGAAAGGCCAGCUGCUGCUCUCCAUCCCUCACGCCCUCUGGGUAUCAACCCACACCAUGGCAGAGGAAGCAGCACCCUACGCCAACCCUGUGUGGACGCUCGCCGCCGGAGCUGCGUGGCUGCUUCGGGAGCAGGCGCGGGGGCGAGGCUCGGAGUGGUGGCCGUACCUGCAGAUCCUGCCGGCCUACGUGCCUCUGCCAUUCUUGUUUGAUGCUGCCACGCUGGACGAGCUACAGUCACCCUCGUUUGUGGAGCGAAUCCGCAUGGUCCGCGAGUACUACGAGCAACAGUACAAACUAUGCCGCCCGCCAGCCAUCGCCUUCGCCUCGCUCCACCAAUUCCUCUGGGCUCUUGCCGUCAUGAACUCCCGAGCCUUCUCCACUCCCGCACCUGCCCGCCGAACCUCCGCCGAGCUUCACACUGACACCACACGCUUUCCCCAAGAGGAAGAGAGGGAGCAGGAGAGGGGGAGGGGGGGCAUGCUAGAGCAGCUGCUGGCGCUGCCUGCGUCUGAGAGGCGGCGGUUUGUGGGCGAGCCCAUGGCUCUCGUGCCCAUUGCUGAGCUGAUUGAUCAUCACCACCCCCACAACGCCCAGUACAAGGUGCAGCAGAGCAGUUUUGACUUCUACGCCAGGGAAGAGGUUCAGCGCGGUGCAGAGCUCUUCACAGUGUACGGAUACAAGCCCAACCACCACCUGCUUCUGGGAUACGGCUUCGUGCUCGACGACAAUCCCUAUGACCACGUCCGGCUCUUCCCGAACCUCUCCCGAGCCAUCCGAACCGUCGCCUCGGUGGCGUACCACCAGGAGGGGCAGGGUGCAGGGAGAGGGGUGUGGGGAGGGAGCGGCGGGGAGGUUCGUCCGGGGGAGGUAGAUCUGAGGGCAGGUUUGCUCCGUGUUUGGGGCACAGCGGACUCUGUGCUGCUUUCAGGAAACGAGGAAAUAGGUGUGGGAGGAAAGGGGGUUAUGGGAGGAAAGGGCGGUGUGUUAGUGGUGCAUGUGAUGUGGCAGGCAGCAGCAGCAGCAGUGGGUGAAGUGGUGAAGGCUCGAGAGGUUGGAGGGACGUAUGCCGAAGGGAACAGCCUUCCGCAGCUGCAGCUGCGGCAGCGGAUAGAGCACAGGGUUGCACAGGAAAAGAAGUGGGAUAAGGCGGACCGAGUACACAGUGACACAAGCACAAGUCUUUUGAAGGAGGUGCUUGUAAAGGAGGAGGACGAAGGCGUGGGAGUGUCUGUGUGGGCUGGUGGCAUAGUGGAGCCGAAUCUGCUCGCCGCCCUCGCUGCCAGCUGGCACGCCGUCCACAUGUCACAAGGUGAUUUGCUGAGGCAUGCACGAUUAGACAUCUCUAACGCCUCUACUCUGCUCCCACCCACCUCACCAUCUCCUGCUGCCGUUUUCCCCCACCCUCUCGUCACGUCCAGCCUCCCCUGUCCCUCCUCCCCGGACUACACAUCCCUGGCCAGCGCGGCUAUUCAUUACGGCUGGGCCCUCUCCACCUCCUCCUGUCACCACCUCCUCCCAAUCGCCUCGUCCUUCACACCCGCUCUCAAAGCUUCUGCUGAAACCGUCCGACUUUUUGUCGAGGCUAGAUUGAAGCAGUUCCCGACGAGUUUGGAAGAAGAUGAGGCGGUGCUGGAGGAGCUUCGGGCCUGUGAGUCGGAAGGGCGUGCGGGGAUGAAGGUCGAGGGUUGGUGUGAGGUGGUGCUGCCGGUGGUGGAGGAGAGGAUUACGGCCGUUCGGUUUAGGAUGCACAGGAAAACUGUUCUCAAGGAUGUGGCAGCACGAUUGCGAGAAACUUGCGUUUGGGACGUCAGAAAGACGGAUGUGGUUCGGUAG